GAGUUGCAGACUAUAAGGAGCUCUCUACUGCUGCUGUGCAAUUCUUUGUCUGCUUAGGAAGCUUAGGUGCCUUAGUUUUGCCCAUCAUUCAGUAAAGCCAGGUGGAUUGAUCAGACUCGGCAACAUGUGGGCAGCAUGUCCACAGAAAGAGCAGGUGUGCCCUGCUCGAGGGUCUGACUGCUAAGCAUGAGGAAUAAGGCUCAGCCAACUACCAGUAACCUCAACCUGGUGAACUUUGUAGAUCCUGACAGCACAGCAGCUCCAGACACACACGACGGUAUCACAAUGGAGGAUCUUAUGGAAAGCCUGGAUACGCGAGAGUUGGACUUAGGCGAGGGAGAGGAGAUGGACUAUGAUGGAAACUACAUAGGGGACUGUCGUAUCCCAUUUUCAGCAGUGUAUGCCACAGUGGGCUUUAAGGAAGCCAAUGCUAAAGUGUACCUCCCCACUGUGCCCAUUACUGCUCGGAUCCUGGAGGUGGAGAGGUUCACCACCGCACAGGACCGCUUCAAUGCGUCACACCAAAGGAGUGUCAACAAGUCUCUGCCAGCAGUUUUUAAGAUUGAACUGAAACAUGGCGAAUUUACCUGGAUGGUUAAGAGGAAGGAGAAACAUUUCAUGGAGCUGCACAGAGAGCUGAGGACAUACAAAACUUUUAUGAGGAUACCACUGCCGUCUCGCAGCCACACAGUGAGGAGAAAGACAGUGAGGAAGAGUGAAGUGAGGGAGAUGCCCUCCCUGCCAAGGGGAGGAGGAGAGGAGCUAGUGCGAGAUGAGCAGGUCUCCAGCAGGAAGAGGCAAUUAGAAGACUAUUUGAACAAGCUGCUGAGGAUGGCCAUGUACCGAAAAUAUCACCAUACUAUGGAGUUCAUUGACGUCAGCCAGCUGUCUUUCAUUCAUGACUUGGGGCCCAAAGGACUGGAAGGGAUGAUUUAUAAGCGCUCAGGCGGACAUCGUAUCCCUGGAAUGAAUUGCUGUGGUCAGAGCCAGGCCUGCUAUCGCUGGUCCAAACGCUGGCUUGUGGUGAAAGACUCGUGCUUGCUGUACAUGAAGCCAGACACGGGAGCCAUCUCCUUCGUCUUGCUGGUGGAUAAAGAGUUCACCAUCAAGAUGGACUCCAAAGACACAGAGACCAAACACGGAGUCCGGAUUGAUAGCCUUUCCAGGACACUUGUGUUUAAGUGCAGCAGCUACAGACACGCACGCUGGUGGGGUCAGAGCAUUGAGAGCUUUGUGAGAAAGCAUGGGAGGGCAUUCCUUCGAGAUCACCGUUUUGGAUCGUUUGCACAAGAACAGGAAAACAUCCCUGCCAAAUGGUAUGUGAAUGGAAAGACUUACAUGGAGGACGUGGCUGACGCUUUGGAGGAGGCUAAAGAGGAAAUCUUCAUCACCGACUGGUGGCUGAGUCCAGAGAUCUUCCUUAAAAGACCUGUUGUUGAAGGCAACAGGUGGAGGCUGGACUGCAUCCUCAAGCGCAAAGCACAACAAGGAGUGCGCAUCUUUGUAAUGUUGUAUAAAGAGGUGGAGCUUGCCCUGGGCAUCAACUCAGGCUACAGCAAAAGGACCCUUAUGCAUCUGCACCCCAACAUCAAGGUGAUGCGUCAUCCGGAUCAUGUUUCCUCCUCUGUCUAUCUGUGGGCGCAUCAUGAGAAGAUCAUAGUUAUUGAUCAAUCAGUUGCCUUUGUGGGCGGGAUUGACCUGGCGUAUGGGCGUUGGGAUGACAGAGAGCAUCGGCUGACGGAUGUGGGAAGUGUGACACGCACUGUGGCUGUAGAGCAGGCCAGCUCCACUAACAUUCCAUCGAGUAGGGGCGUGUCCUCUGUUGAUGGUGUCUCUCAGAGCAAUGGACGAGGGACACCACCCAGUGAUCCAGUAGAUUUACCUAAGCUGAAGGGAAUCGGUCGCAACAGGAUGGCUCGCUUCAGUCUAUACAGACUGAAGCACAAACACACUCUGCAGCACGUGGACAGCGUCAGCAGUGUCGACAGCGCAGGGAGUGGUUCAGUACGAAGCCUGAAAACAGGUGUUGGAGAGUUACAAGGAAACACUCGCUUCUGGCAUGGAAAGGACUACUGCAACUUUGUGUACAGGGACUGGAUCCAACUGGACAAACCUUUUGAUGACUUCAUCGAUAGGUACACCACACCCAGAAUGCCUUGGCAUGACAUUGCCUCAGUGGUUCAUGGUAGAGCCGCCCGGGAUGUGGCGAGACACUUUAUUCAGCGUUGGAACUUCACUAAGAUCAUGAAGCCAAAGUAUCGCUCCCUGUCUUAUCCAUUCCUGCUGCCUAAGUCUCACUCCGCUGCCAGUGAGCUCAAAUACCAAGUCCCCGAAUGUGUUAAUGCCAAAGUGCAGGUGUUGCGGUCAGCUGCAGACUGGUCAGCAGGCAUAAAAUACCAUGAGGAGUCCAUCCAUAAUGCCUACAUCCAGGUCAUCGCCAAGAGCAAGCACUACAUCUACAUCGAGAAUCAGUUUUUCAUUAGUUGUGCCGACAACAGGACAGUCCACAACAAGAUUGGAGAUGCCAUCAUUGAAAGGAUCAUCAGGGCACACAAAGAGUCUAAGAAAUACCGUGUGUACGUGGUCACCCCUCUGCUUCCUGGCUUCGAGGGAGACAUCACCACUGGUGGAGGGAAUGCCAUCCAGGCUGUCAUGCACUUUAACUACAGAACUAUGAUAAGAGGAGAAUACUCCAUCAUCUCCCAGCUAAAGAAGGAGAUGGGCGACCAGUGGAUGAACUACAUUUCCUUUGCGGGACUUCGGACUCAUGCUGAGCUAGAGGGACGCCUCGUCACAGAACUCAUCUACGUCCACAGCAAGAUGCUCAUCGCUGACGACAAUACAGUCAUCAUUGGUUCUGCAAACAUCAAUGACAGAAGUAUGCUGGGCAAACGCGACAGUGAGGUGGCAGUGAUUGUUGAAGACUCUGAAAAGGUUGCCUCAGUCAUGGAUGGUCAGGAGUAUGAAGCUGGGCCUUACGCACUUGAACUGCGCCUCGAAUGUUUCAGGACUAUCCUUGGAGGCCACACUGACACAAGUAUUGACCUGUCUGACCCCAUCAGUGAUCGUUUCUACAAGGAGGUGUGGAUGACAACAGCUGGUCGAAAUGCUACCAUAUAUGAGAAGGUAUUUCAGUGCCUUCCUUCUUCCCUGGUGCGAAAUAUGUCAGAGUUGGAGCAGUUCCAGUCCAGGCCAGGUUUGGCCCAAACAGAGCUGGCCCGAGCUCAGGAGGAGCUGCGCAAAAUCCGUGGCUUCCUAGUCCAAUUUCCUCUGGAUUUCCUGUCUGAGCAUAAUCUCAUGCCCUCCGUUGGAACGAAGGAGGCUAUGGUUCCAACUGAGAUCUGGACAUGAAGGGUGUCAGCCCAUCACCUACAGACAUGAAAUGGACUGUUCCUUGAGUAGACCUCUUGUGGGAAGUCUCUGGGUUAUGUUUGUCACAGUUUAAUGAUGAAAAAUAUUUAAAACUGGAGUUGCAAAAGCUCACUUUUGAAUAAUAUAUUUCAGAGAUGAGAGUCAGAUUUACCAAUCUCUCCUUGCUUGAACCGACUGCUGAGCAUUGACAAAUCUAUCAAAUCUAUUGCUACUGGAAAACACUAGCCAGUAGUUAUAGCUUGUUAGGUUUAGCACUAAGUUUUUGGAUAUGUUAUGCGAAGAACACAGAGGCAUCUUUUAUUGCAUUGUAACUGCAUUCAAUAUGUGGAGUUGAAAGAAAGACAACAUGAAGGCUGGGUUUUGGGAAUCAGUUUAACUUAAAUUCUAGAUUCUUAGACCUUUGAACUGUAGAAGAGGCUCAUAAGAUGACGAAAACUUCUAUGGGACCAUGAUGAUGAAGUAGAAAACUUUUUUAUGACACUAACAGAUAUUUAGCUCUGUUUAGGGAUCACAAAAUUUACGCAUUAGAGAUGGUAACACAUGUGAUUUACUGAGUUUGUGAUGUGUGCCCGUAACAUGCAUUAGUGCCAUGUAUGCUGUUUAUGAGCUCAUGGAAGAGUUAAGUCUGUUAAGUAUGUGCUGCUUUUGAUAAAUUAUUUGAAUCUACAAGCAUGUAAUCUCAGAUGUGUUUUCCAGAUUUUCUUUGUACAAGAAAUUGAAACUAUGCUUGCUCUUUACUUGUUGGAACCUGCACAGAGACAAUUUUACACUUUCAAGAGCAGUGCACAAUUUACCAACUAUGCUCAAAUCUUGUUAAAAUGAUUGCCAUGAUGCAUGCACCAAUCGCACCUCUUAAAAAAAAAAAAACAAAAAAAAAAAACCUCUACAUAGACCUUAUAUUUCUUGUGUUUUGUGACACACAUUUUAAAAAUGAGAUCUGAACAUUCUGCACAGCUGCAAUCAAAAUGAGCUAUGUUAAGCUAACCCAGGUGCAACACCUACUUAAAAAAAUUAUUAUUAUUAAAAUUAUUAUGAAAGAGGAGAUCAGUUAAAUGGCUAAAUGGUUGUCCCAUUGGCUGGAUAAGACAAUCAGAAAGACAUUUCCUCUUUGUUCAGCAGAUGGUGCUAUCUUCCUAAAAAUGCAGUCUGUAUACAGAAGCCAGUUGUAAAGUUAGAGAAAAGAUCUUUAAGAUCUUUUUGUUGGGUUAAAAUGGAUUUUGAACAUUGUAACAAAAAACAUACAGUAAAACAACAACAACAAUUUCCAUUAAGCAUGAAGCUAAAGCUGGUUGUAAAGCUUUCAUAUGAAGGCAGUCUUUGAAACUGCUUGUUUCCACUUUCUGGGUAGUCCUCGCUGUUUUCCUGAGUGAGAUUCUUUUUUUUAAUCCAGAUUGAAAACAGCAUUUCAAGCACUUUUUUUUUUUUUUUUUUGGUAAUGCAUCAGCCCAGAGUAAAAAUGAGCUUUUAUUGAGAUACUUGUGAAAUGUGGUCCAGAAGCAGUUGAUAUCUUUUGUAAAUGUGAAAGUAUGGACUCGUGUUACCUGAUUUGUUUUAAGUUUUAAUUUUUGCCACGCUGUCUUAUUUGAACACCAAAGUCCCCUAAAUGUGAAGUUGAAGAACCACUUCUUUUUAAAUAAGUCAUGCCCAUUUAUUGUGACGAACUCAUAAAAUGUUACAGCAAAUUACUGGGUUAACAUUUUCACAGUUGUUAUGAAACGUUAAAGGGUAACGUUUGAGUAAUCAGAAGGAGUUUUGCAAACUUGUUUCACCUGGUAUGGAUCUCCAGUUUUAUUACAUAACGGCAAUAAAACCUUUGCCUUCAUAACCGCCGUGGGAAUCACUGCUAUUUGUGUAACAGAAGCAGAACAUGUUGGUUAGAAUUUCUUGAAUGGGACCAGGAAAUUGGCUGAUUUAAAAAGUGAUACUAUUUGAAAAUAAGGCUACCUUUGUUAGUACAAUGAGAAAAAAGCAAAACAAAAAAACACUUUUACAUUUAAAACUGUUUUGAUUUUGACAAUAUUGUCUGUUAUGUUUAUUAUUUAUGGAAUUUAAAGAAUUUAACAUUCUUUAAAUAUUUAUUUUUUAGAUGUAUGUCAUGUCCAUAUGGAUGAUUUUAGAUUUGUAAUUAGCCUUUUACUUUUUCAUACCCACCUUGAACUUGUCCUGUAAACUCUCUGAACCUUGGUCCUUCAUUCAGUUUAUGUACAAUACUUUUUUUGUACAGUUAAAAGAUUUGUGAUAUCUAUUUGUUCAUUUAAAACAAUGUAA